AUGGACUUUGUGUCGGGAUUGCCAAGGACUAGGGCCGAUUUUGAAGCUGUUUGGAGGCAGAAGCGCUUGGAAUUUGAGGAAGGAGACCAUGUUUUCCUUAAAGUUACUCCAACCACAGGAGUAGGUAGGGCAAUUAAAGCGAAGAAGUUGAAUCCUCGGUACAUUGGUCCGUUUCAGAUCCUGGAGAGAGUUGGACUGGUGGCGUAUCAGAUGGCUCUACCACCCCACCUUUCGAACCUACACGAUGUAUUUCACGUAUCGCAGCUUCGGAAGUAUACUCCUGAUGCUGGCCAUGUGUUAGAACCUGAAUCUGUUCAGUUAAAAGAGGAUCUGACGCUUCCAGUGGCUCCGGUCAGAAUUGACGAUACGAGUAUCAAACGGUUGCGUGGAAAAGAGGUUUCGUUAGUCAAAGAGGCAUGGAGUUGA